AUGGCCCUGCCCUCUCUGCAGUUCCUGGCGGGACUCGUGCUCCUGAUAUACCUCCUUUCUUUUGUUCUCUUCGCCUUUAUUCGCAUCGCCACCGGCGUCUCCAUCCAGCGCCUGGGCCUCGGUGGCCUGCGACGCAUUGCAUUCACCCCCAAGGAUGGCCUGCGCAUCGAAAUUCGCGGCCUCGGCUUUACCCUCCACCGACCCACCUUUGCCCAACCAACCAUCGCCAGCAUCGUCCUGCACGAGCUCAAGGUCACGGUAGAUCUCAAGAUCCUGGGCGAAAAGCCCCGGAAGAAGGCGGCAUGGGCCCAUUGGCCCAACGGGGCGACACAAAAGGGCAAGACGGGCCACUCCACCCCAGCCGAUCCACCCACCGACGACGCCCAUGGCGAGAAACCGAGGAGCUUGACGUGGAAGCGCCUGAACGAGGUCAAGGAGAAGAUCAAGCGUCUGCAUCGGAACAUCAAUUGGCUGCGCCAGGUCGACCUGAUAGCCCACGCGACCUCGAUUGUCAUCGUCGACGUCGGCUCGCUGCACGUCGGCGGCUUGAACUUGGCCGUCGAUACCAGAAGCAAGACGGUCGAUCGCAGCAGACUCUUCAACCACCACAAAGCCAAGCUGGACGAGGAACAACGGCCUGCUGAGUGGCUCUUCUCGGCGCGCAGCGUCCUCUUCACCCCCGAGGGUAGGGAGUCGACCGAGUUGCUCGACAACUUCACACUCAACAUCCAUGGCUUUCUCAAAAAAGAGCUCGAAGGCCUGCGUGACGCUUCUAUCGCUCUCAAGCUUGGCCGCCUCAGCAUCCCGUACGACGACAUCCAGCUGUGCCUAGACAGAGCCCGCAAAUGCCGCGGCACCACCACCGCCUCCAGGAAGGCGUCCCGGCUCAGCCUAAUUGAGACUUCGCUUGGCCAUGUUGCAGAAGAACUCGACGUGUUAAGCAAAAAUGAGGCAAAUCUUGUUCGCGCCGUUUCCGACUCGCGAGAAUUUGCCAGCUCCAUCCUUCGCGGCAUACACGAGUUCCAAUUCGCCGUGGGCUUCCUCGGCCUCACAAAGCAGAUCGACACUGGCCACAGCUCCGAUCCCCCGGUCUAUCUCAACGUUUCCAUGAAAGAAGUUGGCAUGGACCUGCUUCGCUUGGAUCCUCGUAGCCCUGCGCAUCUCAUGUACUUUUCCCCUCAUGAUAUUGCGCACCAAGCCCUCCUUGCCGCCAUAUCCAUAUCGGUGGGUAUCGACAACAGCCACGGCCACCCUGAGCGUCUCCUUUACGUUCCAAUGGCGACAACUACGCUAAACACAACCCUGCCUUCCAAAACCAUCCACUUCUCCAACGACAAGGACACCGCAGAGCGCAACACGAAUAUCCUGUUCGCAAACUUGGUCGUCACGUCUCCCUCCGUCGAUCUUGAUCCUAAGCAUCUCCCACUACUUGUUGCCAUUUUCCACAGCUACCAGGCGCAGCGGAAGCCGAGAGAAGCACGAAAUCGCAGGCGCCUUUUAAUUCGUCGGCUCUUGCCCAAAGCCAACAUCAAAAUUUCAAUUCACGAACCGGUCAUUCGUGUCACUCUUCCUCCAAUGGACCUCAAUAAGCGCGACUCUGAUGAGUUUGAUCUACUCAUCUCGGCUUCAUCGUCUAUAUCUUUGGAUAUGGAAUCAUCUCACGCUCCAGGGGGCGACUUGAACUACGCGCUGAGCUCAACAUUCCGCAUGAAUGCUCAGCAACUGUAUUACCAAACAGCCGCAGUGGAAAAACACGACUUGCUAUUGACCGACUAUCUCGAAGUCAAGAUACAGAUGAGUGCUGCUCCCGAUCCCGUUGUCGAAGUAUGGGGCACAGCGCAAACUUUCUCGCUCUUUCUAGUGCGGCCUGAAAUCAGCGAGGGACUGCGCCAAAUCGUCUCACAAAUGCAGAAGAACAUGGGCCGACGGCGCGGUGCAUAUCAGAAGAGAGAACUCAAUUUUUUGCGCAAGCUGCCAGCCUGGAUGUCUUAUGUGCAUCUCCAAGGGUCAGACUUCAAUGUGGAAGUGGCAGGGGUGGACCCUGCUGUGUCGAAGCACAGUCGCGGAGUCGCCCUGCACCUGGAGUCGUGGACAGCAGAGUACAAGCAGAAUCGAGGAGAUGACUUGGAUCUUAAGCCAGUCAGACGACGAGCUCCAAGUCGAACAAUCAAUCGAGACGAGCAUUUGCUUCGAUCACCUCCUGCCGUUCCAAAGACACCCAAGAUAUCCUCGGGUGAUCCAACGGACGGAAGACGGCUUGCUAUACAUUUCAACGGACUGGAAGGAAUCGUUAUCGAAGCGGACGACCAAUCAGAGCAGGAGCCGACGUUGUCAUUACCUCGUAUGGAAAUCGCUCUCCAGACACUCUCCGAUAAACAAGGCCCAAUCUUCCAUGUUCACGCGUACAGUCAGAGCUUGUUCUUGCGCUACUCCCUGUAUCGUCACUUUGCUCUGUGCAUGGCAAUCCAAGUCCUAAAACAAUCCUUCUAUUCGGGUGAACCCAAGAAGGCCCCAGACGCAAUGUCUCCGAGAUCAUCACGACAUUUGUCUAUGCCCACCCUCGGUGAUGAUGUCAUCGAUCCCAUGAGCAAGAUAAACCGGGAGAUUGUAACAGUCGACAUGAAAGCAACCUUCGUUCAGGUCAAGGCGGAUAUGCCCGCUGAUCCACCUCUCAUGCUACAAAUUUAUGGAUUGGAAGCAGGGAAGCAUCGUUGGUCGAGCCCGUUCUUACGAUCGCGCCUAGUUCGGCUUUUUGCUGAGAACCCGGCCAUCAAACGGGCAUGGAGUCGAAUCGUCAGUGUCAAAUCAUUGCGCUUGGACUACCGACAGUCGAAGCUGAGAUAUGGCCAUACUGUCACCGAUGAGAGAUUGUUCGAUAUUGCGACGGACGCGAUCAGGAUUGCUGUGCCUCAUCAGUUGGUCAUGCAUAAAGUCUUCGACAACAUCUCCAAUGUUGCCAAGACGGUCAAGCAAGUGCAUCAUCGAUUCAGCACUGGUACAAACGAAUAUGUGUUAGACAAGGAAGCCGAGGGACCCAAAUUAGUGCCCAAGAUCUCACUGCGGAGCCGUGCACUUUUGUUCGAGCUCGAAGACAAUGCAUUUGAGUGGAAGCUUGGAACCAUCUAUCGUAUCGGGCUAAUGGAGCAGAAACAGAGGCUGACUCGUGAGCAUGCUUUCGAUUUGAAAGUGCGAAAGCUGCAACAACAAGACGAGCAACGUGGCAACUCGCGCUACCGCGCAAAAUCUUCCCAUGGAGGCAAAACCAAGAAGAGAGACAAGGAGCUUAGAUUUCACAGACGCAGCAAGAGUGCAGAGUCGACUGGCAGCAGUUCACCAGAGCGAGGCCGUUCGGACCACCCUAUACGAUACAACAAAGAUGGUUUUAGUGGUUUGAGUGGCUCACACCGGACUUCCAUCCAGGACGCUCGCGUGAAGCUCAAUCGCCUGAACGCCCAAACAUGGAAGAAACGCAUUGAUAGUGCAAUGGCGGUUGAGUACCGAGCAAUGAAUGAUAUGCGCUCAACAUUUUGGGGCCUGGACGAGCUGCCAGACGACAUUGAGCAAAAGGAAACCAUUCUAGCCGUGCCUCAGCGUCCAGCUCUCAUGGCACUGGCGGUCAGUGACUUGGAGAUUGUCAUUGACAAGCCCUCUUUCCCCAUCUCAGAGUACCCCCGCUUCUUGAACCGGGUGGGCAAAGGCAUGCCGUUUGAUACACAAUAUGCUCUACUGAUACCGAUGCACGUCCAAGUUCAAAUGGGAGAAGCCAAAAUCCAGCUCCGAGAUUACCCGCUGCCGCUGCUACACUUCCCACCUAUCGGCAACAUCCAGUCUUCACGACUUCCGAGCAUUUUUAUGAAGACAGACUUUGUAAUAGCGGAGGAGCUCCGGGACAUUGAAUCUUCGCGUGUCAGUCGGGUUGUUGUUGUACCACAAGAACACAAUUCAGCAGGAGAGCUCACAGGUGGCUAUGCAGUAGAUGUUCGUCGCACGGUAGCACCUGUGAAGACGUAUUCCGACAUGGCCAUCGAUAUCAAUUCUGCAUACCCCACCCGGAUUACUUGGGGCACGUCGUAUCAACCGGCGAUUCAAGAUAUGAUGCAGAUUAUCGAGAACUUUACCAAAGCUCCCGUGGACCCCUCAGAGCGUGUUGGAUUCUGGGACAAGAUCAGGCUGACAUUCCACUCUCGGAUCAACGUCUCAUGGAAAGGCGAUGGCGAUGUUCAUCUCAUUCUCAAGGGUUCGCGAGAUCCAUACAUGGUCACAGGCCAUGGCGCAGGUUUUGUCAUGUGUUGGCAGAACGAUGUCCAGCUCAGUCUCGCUGAGGAUGAAGAUCCUAGGAAUUUCAUGAUUGUCAAAAGCGGAAGUUAUGUCCUUGCUAUUCCAGACCUCAAUCAUUAUGCCCGUCACGAUGCCGAGACGGAAGCCACGGCCCGCCCAGACACGGCGUCAAGCGGCUCUAGCCGAAAGCAGCGAGCUGUCUUCAAGAAGACAGUCAUGAAACUCAACGGCAACGUUCGAUGGGUUGCUGGAUUAGUCUUUGAGCGCAAUUUGGACGACGGCCAACGAUCCUUCAACUUUAUCCCGCAUUACAAUGUCACCUUGAAGAACCCACAGUACGCAAAGUCCUGUAAUGGAAAGGAGUACGAUGCCUUUCGCGGCUUCCGCAGCCAUCACAUUCACAUGUCUAUUGCCAUUGCUGCUCCCUAUGACAGGGAAUGGUCUGUUGCCAAUUUGGAGCCGUCCAAGACCUACAACAGUGUCCAUCUUUCGCCUCGCUUCUUCACUCAUUUCUACAGCUGGUGGUCCAUGUUCUCUGGAGCCAUGUCCUUGCCAGUACGUCAAGGCAAGCUAUGGCCCGGAGUGGAGAAGUCCAGCAAGAAGUUUGGUCGACAUCUUGCGACCAUCAAGUACAACCUCUUGCUAUCGCCACUUUAUAUGAGCCAUAUCUACAAGCACAAAGACAUGGAAGACUAUGGUGCAGGCAUCGUUUGCGCGACUGGACUCAAAGCCCGCCUGGAAAGCUUCAUGUUCGACUUGCAUCAGCGACGAGAAGAGUUCCGGACACUGGUACAAGCACCCGAAGGCCAGCAGGACAGUCGGCAAAAUCAAACUACGGGCAUGCGGAUAAAUCAAGUUCAACUCGACUUUAUUCGAACCGAUAUCCGCGCCGUUUCUGCAAGCAUCGCUGGAACAGGGUCAGAAGACAUUGAGAGCUCGACUGCCGAUGAUUACAAUAACUAUAAUCAAGAGUACAUGACGGCAGAUCUUUCCAAGUUCACCAUACCUGACAACGACUUGGGAUGGGUGGACAUGGACGACUUCAUCGAGCUCGGCUGGAUUUUGCCUUCACGCAGACAUCCUGAUACGCAAAUCCUGCCGCUUGCAUUUGCACCACGCUUUACGUACUUUCGCCAGACUGAUCACAACAACAACAUUUCAGGCGAUGAGAACCGCAAGAGCCCGUUUGGGAAUGAGCCUACUCACCACUGCGUGAUCUCAGCACGCAACGAUCCACGGCGAGUGCAGUGCCAUCUGAUUGAACAGCGAAUCGAGCGUGUGAAGGAGCAGAUUGCCCAUAACCAGCGUGCAGUAGAUGACCAAGAGCUCAAAGCUGUGCGUGUGCCGACGGAUGACCAGGAAGAAACACAGCGUCGCCUCGAGACAUUGAAAAAUCACUCACAGUUCCUGCAACGCAAAUUGGAAUUCCUGUCUACGAUGCAUACCAGUUUGCUGGAGCGACUGGAAACGGCGUCAGGUGGUGCGGCCCCUGAGCCUGAAGCUGAUGGGGAAGACGAGUACUUCGAGGCAGAUGGAGACCAGGAACGAUCAGAUGGGGACAGCAAACGCUCAAACGCCCCUCCCAACCCAAUUACGGAUUCGACAAACGAGUUCAACAACCGCUUCAUUAUCCACAACAUCCAUCUGAAAUGGGGUAACUCGCUACGUGACAUUAUACUCCGUUACAUCCACCAGGUCAGCCAGCGUCGUGGUUUUGUCUAUUACAUGUCGCGAAAAGCCGUCAAGUUCAUACUGGACGUUGUUGAGGAGCAAGGAAAGAACCGAGGAUCAUCUUCUAAUCCCACAGCCGAGAGUCCUCUGACCGCUGACAGCGAGGAUGGGUUGAACAUUGACGAAGCAAUCGAACAGCUACUGCGCGAUGGCAAGGAAUUUGUCAAUGCUGAUGAAGAAGAUGCCAAGAGCAAGGCUGCAUCUGGAACUGGGGUUGGGGCCGAUGCCGUACACGCGAACGCCUCCAAAACAGAUGAGGAUGUCGCAGACGACUACAUCUCGCAAAACUCAUAUCUUGUGCGUCUUAUCGCGCCUCAGAUACAGUUGCAGAGUGAGAAGGACACAAAAUCCGCCGUCCUCGUCACGGCCAAGGGUAUCCAACUCAAGGUGCUUUCGAUCAUGGACAAGAAUCGCGUAACGGACGAGGUGUCUGGUCUCGUCCAGCGAAGGUUUGUCGCUGCCAUGGACAGUUUGCAGAUCUUCGUGACGAAUUCGAAGACAUUCAGCAGUGCAGACGACAUCCACAUGUACUCCGGAAGCAGCUAUGGAUCGCCCGCUGGCUCAGCAUGGCCGCCAUGGGUACCUUUCGAAGUCAUGUUCGAAUUCCAUACCAAUCCUUUUGGAUUCCAGCGAGUCGUGCAGCGAACAUCAGCAAGUAUGCGAUAUGACAAGUACAACGCGCUGCGUUUGAAGUAUAACGACGACGUCUCAGCUGACUCUGAGUCUUCCACCGACCACAUGGAAAACAGAAUCGACCAUCUCUGGGUAGACUUCCCACACGUCCGGGCUAUGUGCGAUUCGAGGCAAUACUACGCCAUGUAUGUCAUUGUUCUUGACCUCUUGCUGUAUCACGAACCGCUGGAGAAGACGCGCAACGAACGGCUUGAAAAGAUCAUGCUGGCCUCCGACUUUACUGACCUUGCCGGAGCUCCAAAGCUGGUGAUGGGUCUCCAGGAGCGCAUCCAGCAACUGGAAGAGAUCAAAACUGUCUUCCAGAUUAACGAGAAGUAUCUGGACAAGCAGGGAUGGGAAGAUCGCAUCGAAGUUGAGAAGGACUUGGCUGUGUACGAGGAUGAGCUAUUCUUCGUGAUGAAAGCCAUCACUACUGCACAGCGCAAGCAGGACGACCGGUCACAGGCAAGAGAGUCCACGGGUCUUUUGAGAAUGUAUGUCUCAGCCUCAGAGAUUGUGUGGCACCUCCUGCGCGAGGGUGCAGAGUCUUUGGCAGAAUUCCAGCUCAAGAAUGUGGUGUUUGACCGAACUGACAACAACGAUGGCUCAAACGCAAACUCCAUGGAGAUUGAGCAAAUCCGCGGUCUCAACCUGCUUCCGAACGCACUUUACCCCGAGAUGAUUUCACCCUUCUUGGAGAAAGAUCAGACGCUACCGGAGAAUGCCAAGUGUCUCAAAGUGUACUUUGUGGCCCUGGAAUCAAUUGCAGGUAUCCCGGUCGUGGAGCACUUUGAGGUUGAGCUCUAUCCACUUAAAGUGCAGUUGGAAUACACGAUCGGCAAAAAGUUGCUCCAAUACGUUUUCCCCACGUAUGGCGACAGCAAGAUAGCAAACUCUUCGCCUUUCCUGCUCAAGCAUACCCUGCCAACCCAAGAUGACGAUGAUCGUCCUGGCACUGCCGCAAGCAAUACCAUGAGCAUGUCGGUAUCAACUGAUGAAGGUGCCGUGGAGGCCCUCAAACAACGGCUUACCCCUACACUUCAGCUGCCAGAUCCAGCACAGAAGUCCGAUGCGAAGAAGAAGAGCCCAACAAAGAGACCGACUGCCCACUACUUCCGUCUCUUCCGCGACAACCCAUCACGUAGCGGGACCGAGCUCCGCAGGACACUUCAUCCCAGCUCAGCACUAACCGUCCCCACGGUUAGCAGCGCCUCUUCUACUGUGUCCAGACCAGGGUCUGUUCGAUCGGGCACCACAAGCUCAAGCCAGACGCUGAACGAGUCUGAACGCACUGCCAAACGCUUCGCACUCUACCGUACUGGUACAGGCUUGAGCGAGAGGCGUGGAAGCAAGAAGGAGACCAGGAACGACGACCUAACCGAGAUGAUGAACCGAGCCAGUGAAUACAUGACCGUCGCCUACUUCAAGGUACCGUCUAUGGUCCUUUGCCUUUCAUACAAGGGCAAGAGUUCGCGUAACUUUGAAGACGUGCACGACCUCGUUUUCAGAAUGCCUACGAUAGAGUACCGCAACAAGACAUGGUCGAACCUGGAUCUCGUCACACAACUCAAAAAGGACGUUCUCAGGGCGCUGCUUUCACACGCCGGUACUAUUGUCGGAAACAAGAUUUCUAAUCAUCGUCCUUCGUCCAAAGCUCAAACGCGACUCCGACAGCUUGCCAACAACAGCACCAUGCUCAAUACAUCACCCGACCUAUCUGGCACAGAGUCCAAUUCAGCACGUGAUCACUCGCCAGGCGGCGGUUCAGAUAUCUCGGGCGAAGACCGACAGGGACGCCGCUCCUUUGCCUCUGGUCGACAAGGCAGUCUGAUAAGCACUGUGUCGGAAGAAGGCUCAUCUUACUACACAUCCAAGCCACCCUCUAUGACGAAUCGAGCGCGAUCAACCCAUGGAUCCAUCAUGGGAGGCUUCACCAGCAACAACAACAACCUCGGCGUCGACCUGGACGACGGCAGAGCAUUUGCAGACGAGCUUUCAAGAGUCGACAACACGGAGCCCGUACACGCAAACCUGAUCCACAGCCUGAGCAAACAUAUUACAAGCGUCAGCUCGCCUUUUGCAGGACACAUGCGCGGCCGAGCAAAUAGCGGCGCAGCUAGCACCAAGGCCGCGAGCACAGCCACGGGCAUCAGCGGCAUGAGUGGCAUCAGCGGCAUGAGCAGUGGCAAGGACGACAACACGGUCGACGACGAUGCAACAGGUGGGGGAGGCGGUGGCGACGGGCCAAAAACCAAGAAAGCAAAGUUCUUGGGCAAAAAACUGCUGGGCCGUGGUGGCUAGAACGAUGUCUGAUUCAGACUUGUACAUAUAUCUAUAUUGUUUUUUUUUCACUUCUUCUUCUUCGCACUUGUGGCAUGGCGCAGCAAUCUUCUCUCGCCAUUGCAUUUUCUUUGGGCUUGGCGCUUUGGACUGGUAGGUGCGGGUGACUGGAUGGAUGGGGUGUGGAGGUAUUAUCUCUUCCUCGUACUUCUUCUUGUUCUUCUUCUUUUCUUUCAACCCCUCCCUUUAUAGAUAAUACGUUCUCCUCUGCCCUCCUUCGCUUUGGAGCAGUCUUUUUGACCGUUUUACCGGGCUGCAUUGUCGCUGUCUGUCUGUCUGUCUGUCUGUCUGUCUGUCUGUCUGUCUGUCUGUUUGACCGACCGACCGACCGACUGUUUUCACGCCAUACCGUACCGACAGCAAGCCGUUAGAACUUUUUCUUUCCUUUUCUUUUUUUCUUCUUC